CUCAUGUGGCGACGAAACGAAAGGCAGGAAAAAGAAACGGAAACCCCAGUAUUCCGGGCAUUUUCUUGUAAUAAUAAUAACACUGUAACGCUUCAACUGCUCUUUCUCUCUUUCAGUGCCGUUUCUCUACCUAUAUCUGCAUUGGAGAGCACAGCCCCAUGAUUUUUUCUCCUUAUACGUUACGGUGUUACAGAAAAUCAGAGUUGAUCUCGUCGAAGGCAACUUCGUGACUAUGGUGUCCAUCACUUCAGUCGAAUUGAAUUAUCUCGUCUUUCGUUACCUCCAUGAAUCAGGUUUCACACAUUCUGCUUUUGCUUUAGGAUAUGAGGCAGGGAUUAACAAAAGCCCUAUUGAUGGCAAUUUAGUUCCGCCAGGUGCUCUUGUUACAUUUAUACAAAAAGGACUUCAAUAUCUUGAGCUGGAAUCAAACUUGAGUACUAGUGAUGGAGACGAGGAUGAUGACUUCUCCUUUUUACAACCUUUGGAUCUUAUAACUAAGGAUGUCUAUGAACUACGGCAAAUAAUAAGGGAGAAAAAAGAACAUCUUCAGAAGGAGAAAGACAAGAAGGAUAAGGAAAAAGAGAAGGAAUAUGACCGGGAGCGUGAACGUGAACAAAUACGAGAAAGAGAGAAGGAAAGGCUGGAAAGAGAAAGAGAACGCGAGAAGGAGAAAGAAAGAAUAGAAAAUAAGGAGCAUGAAAAGGAAAAGGAAAAAGAAAAGGAAAAGGAAAAAGAAAAGGAAAAGGAAAAGGAAAAGGAAAAGGAAAAGGAAAAAGAAAAGGAAAAGGAAAAGGAAAAGGAAAAGGAAAAGGAAAAAGAAAAGGAAAAGCAGAAUGAAGAUAUUGCUGAUAGAGAACCAGUCAGAGAUCGUGAAGAGAAGAUCAAUGUCAAGCUCGAAGAUAAUGGAGUUGGUGGAGGGCCGGAGCCAAUGGAUAUAUGUACUAGUUCUCCAUCUGUCCCUUGUGUAAUUUCAGCAUCAGAAGUAACUAUUUUGGAAGGACAUACUUCUGAGGUUUUUGUUUGUGCAUGGAGUCCUGUAGGCUCACUUCUAGCAUCAGGGUCUGGAGAUUCAACAGCCCGGAUUUGGUCAAUUCCAGAUGGGCCUUGUAGCUCUAGUAUGCAGAGUGGGCCUCCAAAUGUACUAGUCUUGAAACAUUUUAAGGGUAGAACCAAUGAGAAAAGCAAGGAUGUCACUACACUUGAUUGGAAUGGGGAGGGAACACUACUCGCAACAGGGUCUUAUGAUGGGCAAGCAAGAAUAUGGAGUAGAGAUGGGGAGCUGAGGAGUACAUUAAACAAACACAAAGGACCCAUCUUCUCUCUAAAGUGGAACAAGAAGGGUGAUUGUCUUCUUAGUGGCAGUGUUGAUAAAACAGCCAUUGUGUGGGAUGUGAAGACUGGGGAAUGGAAGCAACAGUUUGAUUUUCAUUCAGCUCCAACCCUCGAUGUUGACUGGAGAAACAAUGUUUCCUUCGCAACGUGCUCAACAGACAACAUGAUUUAUGUUUGCAAGAUUGGAGAGCCUCGUGCCAUUAAGACCUUUUCAGGCCAUCAGGGAGAAGUUAAUGCUAUCAAGUGGGAUCCAACUGGCUCAUUGUUGGCUUCUUGCUCUGAUGAUUUCACUGCAAAGAUAUGGAGCAUGAAGCAGGACAAGUAUGUGCAUGAUUUGAGGGAGCACGUCAAGGAGAUAUAUACCAUCAGAUGGAGCCCUACGGGGCCAGGUACCAACAAUCCCAAUCAGCAGUUAGUGCUUGCAAGUGCAUCCUUUGACUCAACCAUCAAGCUUUGGGAUGUGGAGCAUGGGAAUCUUCUCUAUAGCUUAAAUGGUCACAGGGACCCCGUAUACUCUGUUGCAUUUAGCCCAAAUGGGGAGUAUUUGGCGAGUGGAUCUCUAGAUAAAUGCAUGAACAUCUGGUCAACCCGAGAAGGGAAGCUUGUUAAAACUUUCACUGGUAAUGGUGGCAUAUUUGAAGUCUGCUGGAACAAAGAAGGUGACAAGAUUGCUGCAUGUUUUGCCAACAGCACUGUCUGUGUCAUGGAUUUCCGAAUGUAGUAAGCUAAACUUCUUCAGGACUUCUACAUGCAUUUGCUGAACGGUGUUGCGGGCAUAUUUAGUUUUUGAAAUGCAUUUAUGAAUCAUUAUGAAGUUAAAGCUAUACCAGCUCUGGUAUCCUAAAUGGCUCACUGUUUUAGUGUCUCCAUUAAUUUUUUUGGUUCAUGCUCCAAUGUUGUUACUGCUUAUGAAUGAUCAGAUUUGUCUUCCAUGGUAGAAAUGGCAGAAGCAGAUUCUGACCUCCUGUACAGCUUAAUGUUUCUAAGAGUAGAUAAAUUUGAUCCUGUUUAGAUGAA